CCCGCGGGUGAAGGCCAUGGACGUCAACCAGCCCAAGCAGGAGCAUUUGCUGGCCCUGAAAGGUCCUGUUUUCUACUGAUCUUUGCAUCAUGGGGCAAGGAAAUUCUUGUAAAUAAGAUGUCUCAGUCUAGAUAUGAGAAUCGUAAUCAAGAGACUGUUUUCCUAAGAAUCACUGGAUUCCUACUGUUCAAGCAUGGAAGUGGUCUUGCACUAUCGACCACAUCAGAAAGAUCUAAUAAAACUGCAGAAAUUUGCAGAAGCAGCAGUGAAGGAGUUUCCCAUUCGUCARUUACCAAGAUUUACACCCUGGUUUCCAAAUGAUUUACACAGACUUCCCCUCAAACCAAAAAAGCAGGCACCUGUUAUUUCUUAUGAGGAAGUAGAAGAAUUGAAACAACUUUCUGCACCUUCAGAAUAUGUUACAGGAUCUCCUGAUUAUGACUGCACAAAAAAUCUCCUUGAGUUUCACUCUAGCAUGAAAAAUGGUCCGACUUUAAUCCAAACACAGGCUGUUCACCAACCAAUUAACUUGGACUAUCAAGGAGAACCACCACCUAAUGGAGAACAAAAAUUGAAAAGGUCUUGGAGUGCCUCUCUCCCUAGCGCUAAACUCAAAGGAAAGAUCCAUCCUUUAUCUCAAGAACUGCAAAAUAAUUUGGAAAGACUAAAAUUGCAUGCAUUUUAUAGAGCAAAGUGGACAAUUGAACAGUCUGUUUGUAAUAACCAUAAUUUGGAGGAUAUAUGGAUAAAAUUGAACAGACUAAUUAAACAGAAUGAGUUGCCAUCUUGCAAUGCUACUAUCCAAAGAUCUGUGGGACAGAUAUGGAUUUUCUGUGAUAUAUUAUACUGUGAAUAUGUUAGAAAUAUUCUUAGGGAAAAGCUAAAUCUUACAGAUAAAAUGGAUUUGUUUGUACAUAAAUAUGGAACUAUAUUUAGUUUGUAACUUAAGAUAUAAAUCAGUAAUAAAAUUUCUGUCUGAAAUACUGGAGUUUUUAAGCAGUUUAGAAUAUAUAGACUUUAGAACAACUGAUGAACUAAGGUAAUAAAAUUACUUACAUUACUUUGCUACAGUUUUCUAACCAUGAUGAUACAUUUCUUUAACUUAGUUCUGCCUCAGGACUUACAGUUCUGUAAAGAUCAGUAAGUUUAUGUUUGGCUAAGUACUGCAUUUUAUAGCUUUUCUCUACCUAUGUGGUCUAAAGGAACAAAAUGGAAGUAAAAAUUCCAGAUUUUUUCCACAGUUUGUAGUUAUCUGUGUCAGAUAAUAAAACUUAUGAUUUCAAUUAAACAAAGUGCAU